ACACCCUGGUUCACAGAUGCUCCUCCCUAACGUCCAACAGGAAUCACACCGUGCUGUGCUUCUCAGCCUGUACAGCUUCUCUAAAUGUUGUUGGAACAGGUCAUUUGUUUUGGUCAAAGGUUCGUACUGUUAACAGGUGCAAUCACUUGGUGAAGGAGGUGUAGACUUCCACAGAAUAACAGACCUCAGUAACAGACAUGACUUGUCCUGUUUCCUUCGAGUGCUACACCUUUGCGAGCCUGCUGUGAGGGGAUACCUACAAUAUCUGUUAUUCGGGGCAAGCAGUCCGAGCCAUGUGCCAUUAACACAACAGGAAGAAAAAGACACUAUACAGACUACUCCCAGCUUCAGUGCGCUCUAUUUCAUAGCCAAGGAAAGAGCACUGAACAGCGUGCGGAGACAAGGCCGAGCGAUACUCUUAAGUUUGUCCUGAGAAAAAUAUAAGGACACUAUUCAGUGAAGCGGUGCAACAGUGCAGCUCUGCUCAGGAACAGCAGAGCGUGUUUAACGCGGUGUGUGGAGUGGGAUCAGUCCUGACAGCUGCCUUCUCUUUAAACUGCUCCAGCCUCUGUCGCCUCGCCCCCCUCCCCAGGCUCCUGGCUGCGGCGCUGGCCGGCUGAUUGGCCGCAGCCCGGCUCCGGGAUCCCCGCACGGCCAUCCGAUUAGCCCAGCCGGUCUGUCUCUCAGCCGGCCCCGCCGCCGCCGCCGCGCUCCGAGCCGGUUCGGUACCUACCCACCUCGGCGAGCGGGAGGGGGCGUGUGGCUACUUCUCCCUGCGACUCGCCGGUCCCGGCAACCCGACGCAGGCCGUCCUGUUCGCGUCCGCCGUCCGAGCGCAGCGAGGGGGCAUCGCCUGGCGGAGACAUGCACCGAGGCGGGCGCUAGGGCGCCCCGCUGCCCUCUCGUCCCCUGCCCGGGCGGCGUGCACGCAUCCGCCGGCGCAGGUCCGAGCCCGGUGGCCGGGGGGCGGUGUGUAUAUUGCGCCGGGGCAAGGCGGCGUAGCUCCCUGGCUCCUGGAGCUGCCGGCGGAAGACCUUUUCGGCAUCGUCCAGCCUCCGUAAAUCAUGUUUAUUUUAUAAAGAUGGCGCUGAGGGGGGACCCUGUAAACUAAAUGACUGUCAGAAAUAUCGCCUCCAUUUGUAAUAUGGGCACCAAUGCCUCUGCUCUGGAAAAAGACAUUGGUCUGGAGCAGUUUCCAAUCAAUGAACACUACUUCGGCUUGGUCAAUUUCGGCAACACGUGCUACUGCAACUCGGUGCUGCAGGCGCUGUUCUUCUGCCGGCCGUUCCGCGAGAACGUGCUGUCCUACAGAGCCCAGCAGAAGAAGAAGGAGAACCUGCUCACCUGCCUGGCCGACCUCUUCCACAGCAUCGCCACCCAGAAGAAGAAAGUGGGCGUCAUCCCCCCCAAGAAGUUCAUCUCCCGGCUGCGCAAGGAGAACGAUCUCUUCGACAACUACAUGCAGCAGGAUGCCCACGAGUUCCUCAACUACCUGCUGAACACAGUGGCGGACAUCGUGCAGCAGGAUCGGCAGGACGGCGGGCCGAGGAGCGCGGGCGAGGCGGACGAGGGCCGGGCCGAGCCCACCUGGGUGCACGACAUCUUCCAGGGGACGCUGACCAACGAGACGCGCUGCCUGAACUGCGAGACGGUCAGCAGCAAAGAUGAAGAUUUCCUUGACCUUUCUGUUGAUGUGGAGCAAAAUACAUCAAUUACACACUGUCUGAGGGAUUUCAGCAACACGGAGACCCUGUGCAGCGAAUACAAGUACUACUGUGAAACGUGCUGCAGUAAGCAGGAAGCACAGAAAAGGAUGAAGGUGAAGAAGCUGCCCAUGAUCCUGGCUCUGCACCUGAAAAGGUUCAAGUACAUGGAGCAGCUGCACCGCUACACCAAGCUCUCCUACAGGGUGGUGUUUCCACUGGAGCUGCGGCUCUUCAACACCUCCAGCGACGCCGUCAACCUGGACCGCAUGUACGACCUCGUCGCAGUCGUGGUGCACUGUGGCAGCGGCCCUAACAGAGGACACUACAUCACCAUUGUGAAAAGUCAUGGCUUCUGGCUUCUGUUCGACGACGACAUUGUGGAGAAGAUUGAUGCCCAGGCCAUUGAGGAGUUUUACGGUUUAACCUCUGACAUUUCCAAAAACUCUGAGUCUGGAUAUAUUUUGUUUUACCAAUCGAGAGAAUGACGCAGCGGAGCCGGAAGAGCUGACUGACCGUCUUCAGGGGAGGACUGUGUGUCGGGAGGGAGUUUGCAGUUGGGUUUUACACAUAGGGGUCACUCUCCGCACCUCUGGGAACCCCGGGAACCCAGCGAUCUCUUCAGUGAAGGUGCCCUGAGCGCGUGUCGCCUGCGCAGAUACAAAAUCAACCUGGUGUAGCAGAGCUAGUUCGGACACAGUGUCGUCAUCGCCCUCCCUGCGCGUAGCAGGGACCUCAGCCGCCUGCGCUGGGGGAGGUCUCCUUUAGCUCACUCGGCUGGUUCCCUGUUGUGUUACGCCAGAGAGCCGGGGUCGCGCUCCAGGUGUUUGCUGGAUGAGGAGCUUGUUGUGGAGCGGCGAGGGCACAAGCCCGCGCAGAACCGCGGCAGUCACACUGUCACCCCAAAUGAUGGGUAAUGUAGGCCCGGUUCCACAGUGUAGGACUGGAUGUACGUGCAAGACUGCCUUCUGUUUGAUCCUGCACUUGAAAACAACUUAUUUUCAUUCAUUUAGCUCUGUUGCUGUCAUUGUUAUUGAUGGGGAGCUCAGAUUUAAAGGGUGGGCUUCAGAGAGGUCGGGGUAUGUCCAUGUCUUUGUGGAAAGAGGCUGAGGGGGCCUGUCCUGUGUCUGAGAAACGAGGGACCAUCCCAGCCCCGUAUUUUUCCUGAGCGCCUGACAACAGAAUGCAAAACUGGAAAACAGCAGUGCUUUCCAACAGUUCUGACUCGGCAAAGCUUGUUUCAGGUCAGAGUUAGGAGGUUUAAAAGACAAAAUAACCUUGUGACGUGAAAUAAUCAGACCUCAGCCGUCCCUUUGUUAGGGACUGAGCUUCACUGCAAAUACGCUGAAAGAGACCUUUGCACACAGUGGUGGAGGACUUGAGUUACAGUGCAGUAGCUGCAGAUGUCCCGUUUCCAGACACGCAUGGCCCAGAGAAUCAUGACAGACGUGUGCUGCUGGCUCAGAAAGCUCCAGAUCCAAUCUUAGAAGCACUAGGCAGCAUUGUUGUAGUAGCAAUUUAUAAUUAAGGCUUUCAUUGAGAACAUUAAACAUUGAUAAUGCAUCAGGAAUCACAGAGCAAAUACCAGGGAGAAGGUGUAUCUACUGUACAAGCCGCAAUUUUUUAAACCAACCCUCAUAUACACAAUAAAUGACUGGUUGUUUUAAAGCUUUACUUUUUGAUCAAGUAGACAGUACACUGUGAGGAAGAUGCACAAACCCCUGGGAUCACAGCAUGUUCUCUAUAGAAAGCUAAUAAGCGGGCAGCAGUACUAGUGUGCUGUAUCAUGUGGAGAAACAGAGAACAUUUAGCGCUAAUUAGGGAGCCGAGCAUCUGAGCCGCUGGAACACUGUUAUUCUUCAGAUUAUUCAAAUCUGCUUCUUCCAGGAACUGUUUUAGGGAAAAAAAUGUAUGACUGGUGGCUAGAUGAGAGGAGACUCUAAAUGCUAAAGUGGAAAAGAAAGCUUUACUCUCAGUGGAAGUAUGUUAUCUGUCUGAAGUCAGAACUCGGAAAUAAUCAGGUCGGUGUUUUGAAAGAUAAACACUGAAAAGUGAAAGCCCUGCUUAUAAUGUACAUGUGAUAGAGACAAGUGAAAGAAGUGUGUAAAAUCCACACGUCAGGUUUUUGAGCAGAUUUUUCUGUUGUUGUUUUUGGAUCCAAUGGCCGUGUGCUGAUCAGCUGGCGAUGCCCGAGCCCAGGGCUCUGGAGCGAAGCGGGUCAGGGGAGUUCUGGUUCCUGCUGUGGAUGGAAUCCCUGCGCCGGGUCACUGUGUCAGGACUCAGAGCAGGGGUGUUCGUCACCGGGAGGUAACGAGUGCUGGCACACCUCCCCCACCAGUAGUGUUUUGGGGAAUAUCAAGACAGAGCUGCUUAUUUUUCCCCAUACGAGGCUGAGAAAGUCAGCUGUGUGGAGUCAGGCCGCAGUACCCCUCGUGGGCGUGAGACACACUGAUGUCUCCCCCAGAGCUGCACCCUGGCUCCUGAGCUCCUGAGUUCGACCACACGCCCGUGAGUUUUCUACACUGUCCACUGACACUGGCGUUUCAUUUCAGCAGCUGCCUUCUGUGUGUCAGACCACUUGCACCACGAAUGUUAGUGUCUGCCAGGUCCGCUCCGUGGGCUGGAGGUGUAAUGGACACACCUGAGUCACAGCGUCUCGGUACAGUCCAGUAAGGCAAGGCCAGGCAUUGUCUCCACUGCUGUCGAUUGUGCAUCUCGCUCCGUCGCCUCCGGUCUCCCCCUGGAAUCUCCAUGACUGGCCCUUUGCUCCCAGUGAGGUGCCAGCAGCAGCGCACUGGUGCCUCACUGGAGGCAAUGGAAUUAGUAAAGGACAGAAGGAGCUCAAGUAGGCAGCUGUGUCAGCAGGCUUAGGCUGCAAAGGGACAAGUACAGGUUUAUUCCUGCUGAGAAGAGAAGAGACA